UUUUAUAAAAAAUAUAUAUUAUAUAGAAAUACGAGACUUAAUUUACCUGUUUCAUACAAUAGACCACAAUUAAAGAAAUUCAAUUAGUUGAGAAGGGACUUAUAUUUGAAAAAAAGUCAAUUUCUAUAUUUUAACACUAAAAACGACUUGUCAUUAUGGUUUUACGCGCGAUCUUACGCUAUUUGAUCAAUAACGAAAAGCUGAUAGAGCGAAUGGCAGAGAGCUAUCCCAUACGUCGUACGGCUCAAUUGGUUGUAGCACUCACCUACCGGUUAAAAAGGAUUGCAAAAGAUCAAGAUCGACAGGAUAAAGGCGUCAACCGUUUUAAAUCCAUUAUUAAGUACUUUAAAGGCAGAUUUCAAAAUAAAAUUAAGAAUGACAAACAAAAGAAGAAGCAAUAAACUCCGAAAAGUUUUGAAGAAAUCCAAUUUUUCAUAUCAACAAAAUAUAUUUAUAUACUAAA